AUGCAUUCAACCAAAGAUGAUAUUUACGCAUAUGCGUUGUCCAAGACCCUGACAAAGGUUUCAUCACCUGCAACUGUAGGACUCUACUCUUCAUGUCAGAAUCGAAUUAACAUGAUCCUCGAACAAAUGGAGGUGUACAUGAAGGAGGAAGCUUCGAAGAUUGAGGAGAAAAAUGAAGAAUACAGGCCUCGCUCAGCUACGCCUUCAUUUGGUGGCUUUCUAGCACUCAUUGGAAGAAUGCUCUUCUACUGGCCCAAUUGGAGAGAGGAGAACCAGAAGAACCCUAACAUCAGAUUCAUUUCUGUACAUUGUAGUGCCUGGCAUUUUGCAGGCAGUGACCUGCUUUGGGCCGGGCUAGCCAUGCGGCUGUUUCAUGCCAUGCAGAUGAACUUUGGGAAAUUACAGAUUGUACUCUACCGUGUGGCUCAACAUGAUGAAGAAGAGGAAGUCAAGAUGAAGACAGUGCAGGAUGGUCGUAACCAUUGGAGGUCCAAAAAGGUUUGCUGCUGCCCUCUGUGGUUUCUCUUCCUGUCCAUUCUCGUGGUACCACUUAUCAUCUUGGUAUUCGUUUUGACGUUUGGCCUUCCCAAACCUGAGAUUAAAGCAGGCGGAGCGGUUAAUGGAACAAACAGCAAUGUGGGUGUGCUGGAGGGCCUGAUCAUCACUUCCAUAGGACUCCCUGCAGUAAGCGCAUUGAGGUUUGUCUUUCUGACGGUUAAGAACCUCAUCUUCAGCCCGAAUCUGAACAUCAAGAAGGGGAUGGACAAUGAGCGGGUCAGCAGCAAACUAGGCUUCAUGAAUGAAGUGAGGAAGGAAAUGUGGUUUCUGUCUAAAUUCAUCCAGUUUAUGGAGGUGUUUGAGAGGAGGAGGAUCCGAGUAGUACUGAAAAUCACCAAUCUGGACCGCUGCUCCCCCAAGAAAAUUGUUGCAGUUCUGGAUGCAAUCAACAUUCUGCUUUCAGAUGAGGAAAGUCCGUAUAUUUCCAUUCUGUCCGUCGAUCCACAUGUUAUUGUACAGAAAGUGAACUUUGCAGAUGGCUGCUUCAGCAAAGAAGACAGAGCUUAUGCACUGUUGAACCGAAUUGUAACUCUGCCCUUCACGGUUCCUCCACUGUGCGAUGAUUCAAAGCGCAGUUUAUUUUACAACCUCACUAGAAGUUCAAAAACCUCUGACGACAUGAGCAAAGUUACACAUAAAUCUAGCUUAAAUUGCUCAGAAUCAUGUUCAAAGGAGGUUGCAAUUGAAAUGGAAGUGUUGUAUCAACAGAGAGAAGUUGAUGAAAAGGAAGUAGAGGAGUUGGUCAGUAGCAUCUUGAACAGCCAUGGGAAGCUUGCCAAGUACAUGUCAGAGGAUGUCAUGUCUAUGAGGAGGGUGAUCAACUCCAUUCGUGUGACUGUGAUAAUCCUAAAGGCCUCUCAGGAAGGUCCCUCAGGAAGGUCAGACCCAGAAGACCCAGAAUAUGUUGCAGCAUGGGUGGUCUUGGCCAAUGAGUGGCCCUGCCGCCUAAGCUGGAUACACCAGUGUGUGGAAGACACUCAGCAGAGAGCAGAUAUCGACCUUGACAAUUCAAUGAAUUUGUGGAAAGUCUUCAGUGAGUCCAGGGCAGAGUUGUACGUGAUGAGUUCACAGAUUGAGGACCUCCUCGAGCAGGAUGGAGACCCUGAAAUGUUUGAAAGAUUUCUCAACGAAGAUUUCAAAUUCACUGUAAAGGACCUGAAGACAUUUGUAGAGACGACGGUGAACCUGGAUCAUUCAAUUAGGAAGGAGCUGGCUCACAUCAGAGGGACAUCCAGGCUGAAAGAUUCUGGUUGGAUGAGGAACCUAGCUCCUCUGCCAAUCACAACUAUCAUCAAGAUGGAAACAGAAGAUGUAUGUAAAGAGUUGGAGAGGAUGAAAUACCCCAGUAAGUAUAUUGAUGUUGUGAGAAGAGAUGACCUCAGCGGUUCAGCACUGGUCUUUGGUGAUGCAGACGACCUCAAACAGCUUUUAGAUAUGACCUUUGGUGAAUGGGCCACUUUCAGACUGCACUUCCUGUGUUUACCAUCACGUCUCCAACCUCAAUACAAGAACAUGGCACUGACACCUUCUCAUCCUCAGAACCAGCUAAAGGGAUUACCCUUUUGCCACAUUCCUCAUUAGUACUUGUCUAAUCCCAGUUAA